GGAUCUAGCUCUUUGGGCAAACCAAACCCGGUUGAAAAGAGUGGAAGGAAGCUCUAAACGACGAAGGCAUGCGAUUUAGGCUUUUUGCGACAAUCUACUCCUUAUUUAUUGAUUAAUCAUCAAAAUCUGAAAUUUAACAGUUGAUUGCUUGGUUCUUUUGCAAUUAAAUCAAAAUUAUCUUAGUCGACUCUGUGAUCUUAGACAUGACUGAGUAUUGGGUUAGCCAAGGUAAUAAAUGGUGCGACUUCUGCAAAAUCUACAUAUCAAACAAUCCUUCCAGCAUUAGGAACCAUGAGCUUGGCCAACGUCAUAAGGAAAAUGUUUCCAAGAGGCUUGCUUCUAUGAGAAAAGAGAAUGCUGCCAAGGAGAAGCAACAGAAGGAAGCAGCCCGCGCCCUUGAGCAAAUUGAAGUUAAAGCUAAGCGUAGCUAUCAGAAGGAUGUUGCAAAUUUUCAGGAGGCAAGCAAUGUCCAUGCAUUAGAUAUUCAAGAGGAUGGUCAAGAGGAAUGGGAGUGUGACAAAACUUCAGGCUAUUACUACAACCAAAGCACUGGGUUACACUAUGAUCCAAAAUCAGGCUUUUAUUAUACCGAUGCUUUGGGCAAGUGGGUGACUCAAGAAGAGGCAUAUGCUUCAAUUCAGGUUUCAUCAAAUUCCAAGCGUAAAGAAUCCAGUUUGAAAAAGCCUAUAACAAUGUCAACAGCAGGUUUAGUAAAGGAAACCAAAAGUGCUGCUCAAAAUGGGCCCCCACCUGGUCCUGUUGUUUCAGCUUCUUUAAACCCUAUGAGAUCUGUUAAAGGAGCUACUUCAGCAGUUGCUGUUAACAAGAGAAAGAGGCAGGAUGAGAAGCCAAAGGUUAUAUCUGAAGGAGAAAAAGCUGCACUUAAAGCUAGGGAGGCUGCAAAGAAGAGAGUUGAGGAGAGGGAGAAAUCUUUGCUUGGCCUUUACAAACGUUGAUUUGGAAUGCACUCAAGGGUAACAAGAAUUAUCUGGCAGCCAAUGACAUGGUGGAAAUUGUAUUUGCAACCUUCAUAAAAGGGAUGGUUCAAAAUGUAAAAGCUGUAAUCUGUGGACUUGCAUGAUUUUCCAUUCCUUUCACUGAAGUAUACUCGUUUCCAUGACCAAAUAUGGUAUUACUAUAAAUUUAUUAUGUGUGCAUUGCAAUGCAUGCGAUCAAACUGACAACUAUGUUGUGAAACUCGUUGUUUUUUGGAGAAUGGUUGGAUUGAAGAAGUACCGACUUCUGACUGUACCCUUAUUACGAUGAAAGCCCCACUGGAAAUAGAUGCAUUGAGUAGUUUUGUUUUC